CAACAGGGUGCAACCUGAGCCAUUUUUCACAUUUCCUCUCCGUUCCGCUUUCAGAAGCAAAAAACCAUGAGCACUUGCAGCUUCUUCGUAUCGGAGCUUUUACCCUCUACUGCCCAAUCCCCACUCUUCACCGCCUCCGUCGCUGCUUUCUGCUCAUUCAAUGAAAAAUUUUCUCCAACAACCCUCAGAUUCCACUCUGCAUCGUCUCCCUCUCUUUUCCCUCGUAGCAAACUCAAAUCCAGAGCAAUAAGCCACAGCUUUAAAACCAGUUCUAAAGCAAGUAGCUUUGCAAAUGUUGAAGUGGAAGAACAAGGAGAGGUGGAAGUUGCAGAAGGGUACAGUGUUACCCAAUUUUGCGAUAAGAUAAUUGAUGUGUUCUUGAAUGAGAAACCCAGAGUCAAAGAAUGGAGAAAGUAUCUGGUGUUUAGGGAAGAGUGGAACAAGUACAGGGAAAGAUUCUAUAAAAGAUGCCAAACGAGAGCUGAUAUGGAAACUGAUCCAAAUUUGAAGCAGAAAUUUACUUCACUUGCUGCUAAAGUGAAGAGGAUUGACGAAGAGAUGGAAAGACACUGUGAUCUUCUUAAGGAAAUUCAAGACAGCCCAACUGACUUAAACGCAAUUGUCACAAAACGACGCAAGGACUUUACAGGGGACUUCUUCCGUUACCUAAACCUUCUUGCAGAAACUUUUGAUUCCUUGGAGGACCGUGAUGCAAUAGCCAGGCUAGCAACUAGAUGCUUGUCUGCUGUUAGUGCAUUUGACAGGACACUGGAGAAUGUGGAGACUUUAGAUGCUGCCCAGGCAAAAUUUGAUGAUAUUCUGAACUCUCCUUCUGUGGAUGUAGCAUGUGAAAAAAUCAAAAGCCUAGCCAAGACAAAGGAACUUGACUCUUCAUUGAUCCUAUUGAUAAACAGUGCUUGGGCAGCAGCAAAAGAUUCCCCUGAUAUGAGAAAUGAGGUCAAAGAGAUCAUGUAUCGCAUAUACAAAGCCACAAAGAGCAGCCUUAGAAGUAUAGCCCCUAAAGAGAUAAAGCUUCUUAAGCAUUUGCUGAACAUUGCAGAUCCUGAAGUACGAUUCUCAUCAUUAGCAACAGCAUUUUGCCCAGGAGAUGAACAUGAUGCCAAGGACCCAUAUGCUUUAUAUACAACUCCAAAGGAACUGCACAAGUGGAUUAAGAUCAUGCUCGACGCAUAUCAUCUCAAUAAGGAGGACACUGAUAUCAGGGAAGCUAGGCAAAUGACUCAGCCUGUUGUUAUACAAAGGCUGUUCAUCCUAAAAGAAACUAUUGAAGAAGAAUACUUAGAUAAAACCACUUUUCGGACACAAACAGAAGACGAUGCCAAACCAGAAGACUGAAGAGGUACUAUCCAGUUUCUGUCAAUACCUUUUCUCUGUCUUUCACUUACCUGCUAUGGAGAUAAUGUUUUGUAAGAUGAAGCCUCAUGUUACGAACCGUAAGCUGACAGCCAAAGGCUUUUCACAUCCUAUUUUUGAGGAGAAACGGGAACUGGGAAAAGAUUUCAAUGAGUUUCUGGAGGUUAAAUACUUCUCAAGUAGGAAAUCACAUGACCUUUCUGAGGUUGUUCUUCUUUCCUCUUGGGUGUUGGGGUUUGCUUAUGAAUAUUUGGAUGGAUGCUUACUAUUGGAGGGCUAAGAGGCUAUUUCAUCUGUGUAAACAAAAUAAUUUGCAUGUCAAUGGUCUUAGUGGAUGUGAUAGCGUCAUGUAUUAUUGAUAAGUGCAGUACACUUGAUUUGACCUGGAUGUUAUUCAUCAACUUCUGGUUUCUUUUCUUUCUACCAUAUAUAUUAAACUCAGAAAACUUUGGUUGCUCA